GCAUGUAAAUACAUGUCUCUGCGCCUUUUGUUCCUUUGUUCUCCUCUUCACGGAUAAGAAUUAAAGCUUUUAAAAAAACCACAACCUAACAAACAACAACGAAGGAAAAUAUUCUUUCUUUUCACUAUGGGUAUUUUUUCUGAUCCAUCUCCAUAUUUUAUGUGUCGGUUUCUCAUAUUUUCUUGUAAAGAUCGACUCAUUGCAUUCUGGUUACUCACAUCAGCUUCUCAGCAAACCAUUUGCUCUUGAGGUCUAAUCACAUCACCUUUUUUCUGUCUUCUUUGGUAGCGUGAAUUGAAUUCUAGAAGGCAAUGAGGCAGUUUUCAUCCAUGUUGAAUGGAUUAGCAAGGUCACUGAGAGGGAACAAUUCGGGGAACGAUGACGGACGAGAGACUGCCGAGGUAAAGACGAAGGAUGCCAAGAGAAAUGAACUCAUUCUGAGAUCUUCCGGCUCCGUAAACGUCGAUGGUUCGAACAAUUUCGCUUCGGUGUUCUCGAAGAGAGGUCGAAAAGGAGUGAACCAGGAUUGUGCCAUUGUAUGGGAGGAAUUUGGAUGUCAAACAGACAUGUUGUUUUGUGGGAUAUUUGAUGGGCAUGGUCCAUGGGGUCAUUUUGUAGCUAAGGAAGUCCGAGAAUCAAUGCCUUCGUCCUUGCUCUGCAAUUGGCAAGAGACUCUAGCUCAGGCAUCGAUCGACCCAGAUACCGAUUUAGAAUCCAAUAAAAACCAUGAAAGGUUUCAUAUAUGGAAGCAUUCUUAUCUAAAGACUUGCGCUGCAGUCGAUCGCAUGCUCGAGCGGCAUAAGAAGAUCAAUUCAUUUUACAGUGGAACAACUGCCUUAACAAUUGUCAGACAGGGAGAUCUUAUAUAUGUAGCCAACAUUGGUGAUUCUCGGGCUGUUUUGGCUACAACAUCGGAUGAAGGAAACUUGGUUCCCGUUCAGCUUACAGUAGAUUUCAAGCCGAAUCUACCUCAGGAGGCCGAGCGGAUAAUUCAGUGCAAAGGUCGGGUUUUCUGCCUGCAUGAUGAGCCAGGGGUGCACAGAGUUUGGCUACCUGAUGAGGAGUCACCGGGGCUGGCAAUGUCAAGAGCUUUUGGGGACUACUGCAUUAAAGAUUACGGACUUAUUUCAGUUCCGGAAGUCACACAAAGACAUAUAACCGGCAGAGACGAAUUUGUAGUGCUCGCUACUGAUGGGGUAUGGGAUGUUGUAACCAAUCAGGAAGCAAUACAAAUAGUAUCUUCAACCCCAGACAAGGCGAAGGCAGCUAAGAAGCUGGUCGAGUCCGCUGUCCGGGCUUGGAAAAAGAAGAGGAAGGGCAUUGCAAUGGAUGAUAUUUCAGCCAUCUGCCUCUUCUUCCACACUUGUUGAUUUUGUUACAACUUCAACGUAGAUGUAAAUGAGCAAAGGUUAUUGCUCCUAUGUAUCUGUAUUUGUUAGUUGAACGUAGUUCAUUCCAUUCC